AUGAGUUUGCCGCCGUCGGCGGCCGAUCGCGCCUAUCAGGAUUUCAACGGAUCCUACGUGGACGACGUGAACAGCUACGUGACCGGAGUGAUCAGUCUUCUCUCCAACUGCCUCCUCAUCUAUGCCACGUCACAAGUGAAGAGCUACACGAAUUCGGUCCGAUGGUCACAGUACUUGGUAUCCCUGCUCCGCAUCGUUUUCUCGAUUAGUAUUGCGCUUUCGUGUCCGGUAACUUUUGAGACUAUCAGAAUGACCCGGACAAUUCCGACACUUUAGAGUAUGGAAUAUGCGGAGGAGACCGAGUCGUUGUACAUUGUCAAAAAUGGCAUCGAUAUUCCGUUGGUGGCCGGAGAAACCUGCCUCGCCGUGUUCAUCGUCGCCAUUGUGAUGUCGUGCAACGGUCCCGCUGUGCAGUACCUUCAAGUCACUCUUCUGUUGUCUGCGUGAGUCAAAAGUGCGCGUGUGUGAUCACUUUGGAACAAGAUUUACUCCUACAAACAGACGGAAAAAUUAAAAUAAUGUAUUGAGUGUUAAAAAUGAAGUGUUUUUGUGGGUUGGUCUAUGAGUUUGAAGAAAAAAAGGAGAAUGAGUGUUGUUCAAAAGUGACAAACAAUAAAUUGAAAGAGAUGAAACAGUAAAUGAUUUUUUUGUCCAACUCUGAUCAAUUUCGGAUUGUACUAUUCUAUCAAUAUUUUCCUAAUCUUAACCCAACUAUGAAACAGUAGUUGUUGUGAAAGAUGUUUCCCAUUUGAGGCGACACCCUCUUUACAGAUCCACAAAGUCGCAAAGCAACCGAAUCGUCUCGCUAAUUCCGCUCAUGGUCGGUGUGCCUACAGUAAUCCUCGUCUAUUUCGGCUACAUUCCCUUCUAUUUCAACGUCGCCAUUGCCAAAAUGAUGAUGGAGAAGAUGGGUACGCAAGGCACCGCCGCUUUUCUCAUUGUCACCGUUCAUUUGGUCAGUUUUUGAAGGGCUUUUGAGUGUUUAAAAUGAAAUUUGGUUUGUUCCAGAAGCCCAUAGAGAGUAACAACUGCACAUUUGAACUGAUGUCUCUGAUCUGCACACUAUUCAUUCUCAUCGUCAUGUUCUCGUCGCUUCUGGUUAUAAUCGUGUGUUAUUUGAGUAUUCAACGGAAAAUGAAGUAUCGAAAUGGGCUGAAAACCGGCUCGAAGAGCACGCAAAGCACUCAGGAGCAGUUGAACAAGGUGCUCUUGAUUCAGGUGAGAAAUGAAUCAAUGUAGCUCAGCUGUCAGUAGAGAUAGGGACAAGUUGUCAACUGAAAAAAUGUAGAGAAUGUUUUGAUGAACAUUUUGUUAGUUGACAUCUUUUUGAUAUCUCUGCAUAUAGCUGAGAUAUAUCGUUUGGAGUGAACCGGGUUGCUGAAGCUGUAAUUUUAAGUAUACUGUUUCACUGACAUUACAUUUUUAACGAUACCAAACCACAUUCAAUGUGUUUCAUUUCUCAGUUCGUGUUCCCGUUCGUCACCAUCCACAUGCCCUUCUACCUCACUUUCAUCCUUCCGUUCUUCAACGACCCAAUCCGCUUUUUCACCGACAACAUUCUCUAUUUGUGCUCCUGGUGUCCGGCACUUGAUCCCGUUCUUGUCAUUAUCAUUGUCAAGGUAUCCGUGUUUUAUGUAGUUCGAUUCAAAAAGUAUACAAUAGUAUUUUCAGAACAUUCGAGAGGUGGUGCUCCCUCGAAAUAUUGUCCAAUUCCGCGUCUCCGACAAGAGCAGCGAAAAGUGCCGAAAUUCGAGGGUUUUUGCAAUCAGAGCAUAA